AUGCCGGUCCAGGUGUAUUCGUUUUACAUCUUUGACAGACACACCGAGUGCGUAUACAGCAAACUAUGGAUCUCCGCGCCGCCGCCGGGGUCGAUAUCAUCGAGUGAUGGCGCGGGGGCACCAGGCACGGCACCGCCGCCUGCCCCUGUCGCCCCGACCGCGAACAGCAUCAAGCGUGCCGGCGACGAUGCCAAGCUCAUCUUUGGUACCGUCUUCUCCCUGCGCAACAUGGCGCGUAAGCUCGGCGGCGACGAUGACGCCUUUAUCAGCUACCGCACCGCCCAGUACAAGCUGCAUUACUACGAGACUCCGACCAACCUACGCUUCGCCCUGCUGACCGAGCCCGGCGCCCCCAGCAUGCGCAACGUCCUGCACCAGAUAUAUAUCAAUCUCUGGGUCGAGUAUGUUGUCAAAAAUCCUCUAUCACCCGUGGAACACAAGGGAGGCGAGGGAGUCAGAAACGAGAUGUUCGAGAUGGGCUUGGACAAAUUCGUUCGCGGUCUGAUGUAG